GAGGGGCGGGCCCAGCUCCAGCCAGCCGCCCGCGCCCGAGAGCUAGCAGGCGACGAGCUGCGGCCGAGCGAUCCGUCCCUCCGCGCGAUGCUGCCCUGGACGGCGCUCGGCCUGGGCCUGGGCCUGUGGUUGGCUCUAGCGCGCAGCGGCGCGGAGCGCGGUCCCCCAGCAUCGGCCCCUCAGGGGGACCUGCUGAUUCUGCUGGACAGCUCGGCUAGCAUGUCACACUAUGAGUUCUCCCGGGUCCGGGAGUUUGUGGGGGAGCUGGUGGCUCCACUGCCCCUGGGCCCUGGGGCCCUGCGUGCCAGCCUGGUGCAUGUGGGCAGCCUGCCACAUUCCGAGUUCCCCUUCAACCGGCACAGCUCAGGCCAGGCCAUCCAGGAUGCCAUCCGUGCCUCAGCCCAGCGGAUGGGUGACACCAACACUGGCCUAGCACUGGCAUUUGCCAAGGAGCAGCUAUUUGCUGCGGCCACGGGUGCCCGGGCAGGGGUGCCCAAGGUACUGGUGUGGGUGACAGACGGGGGCUCCAGUGACCCCGUAGGCCCCCCCAUGCAGGAGCUCAAGGACCUGGGUGUCACCAUCUACAUCGUCAGCACUGGCAGGGGCAACCUGCUGGAGCUAUCGGCUGCUGCCUCAGCCCCUGCGGAGAAGCACCUGCACUUUGUGGACGUGGACGACCUGCACAUCAUCACCCAGCAGCUUCGAAGCUCCAUCCUUGACACUGUGCAGCCGCAGCAGCUCCACGCCUCUGAGAUCACCUCCAGCAGUGUCCACCUGGCCUGGCCGGCGCUGCUGCCCGCGGACUCCGGCUACUACGUGCUGGAGCUGGCACCCAGCAGCGACUUGGGGGCCGUCCGACGCCAGCAGCUCCCUGGCGAAGCCAGGGGCUGGACCUGGGCGGGGCUCGAGCCCGACACAGACUACGAGGUGUCUCUGCUGCCCGAGUCUAACGUGCGCCUGCUGCGGCCGCAGCGGGUGCGGGUGCGCACGCUGCCGGGUGAGGCCGGGCCCGAGCGCAUCGUCAUCUCGCACGCCCGGCCGCGCAGCCUCCGCGUGAGCUGGGCCCCAGCGCUCGGGCCCGACGUCAUGCUCGGGUACGUCGUGCAGUUCGGGCCGCUACGGGGCGGCGCCGCGCAACGCGUGGAGGUGCCUGGGGGCCGCAACAGCACCACCCUGCAGGGCCUGGCGCCCGCCACCGCCUACCUGGUGACCGUGACCGCCGCCUUCCGCUCCGGCCGCGAGAGGGCGCUGUCGGCCAAGGCCUGCACGCCCGCCGGGGACCGCAGCCGCGCCCCACGGCCCGCGCCAGCAGCUCUGAGCGCGCCGGAGCCCCCAGAGCCGCGCACACGCGUGGCCCUUCCGGCCGCAGUUAGGGGGGACAUGGACAGGGGCCUGAGAGCCGGUUGAGAACCACAGGCCUGGCCGCCCCAGCCCGGAGGGGAGGCUGCAGCCCGGCCCCACUGUGGAAAGGGGGGCCCGCGGCUGGCCAGGGCCACUAGAGUCCCCUGUGGAGAGAGAGUGGACCGAAAGGGGAGGAGAAGCUGGCAUCGGGGCCCCAAAAGCCUCCUGAAGGAGAGGAAGAGCAGGGGGCGGCACCAGGAUCCUGGCUGCCUGGAGGACAGCGCCUGCGGGGACCUGGGGGCCCCACCAGCACCCCAGGUGCAGAGAGGUGGGGCCAGAGCCUGGCAUUCGGGGCCUAGGGGACCGGAGACGCCCGCCCCUGCUGUUGCCAGGCUCCAAGGCCAACACUCACAGGGUCACAAACAGAUUGGGGGACAGGGACACUGCAGCGACCCCCACAUUGUCUGGCCCCACUGGGGCGCGUUACGGGUCUCCUCCUGUGCUCCCAGUAUCACCUGCUGCUGCCUGAGCCCAGCUUGCCUCUCCCCACUAACGACCCAGACUCCGAAACAGUAAAUCAGAUGCGAGCCAA